UUGGUCUCUCAACCAGGUGGCGCUCCUUCACCAGUCAAGUCCUCCUCGUCCUCCCUGUCCAUGUCCAUGCAAGCCGUGGACCGGAUCCUGUCCGACUCUUCCUUGGACAGCGUGCUCAAGAUGGAGCGGAUCGAAGCGGCCCUUGCGCAAGCCAUUUCCGCCAACUCGAGCGGGAUCACUUGCAACACUACCGCCUGCGGCAUGGGCAUGAACGGCAUGACGGUGACUAAGCAGCCGAAAAGGACCAUCAGCAGUGUUUCCGAAGUCAGCCAGCAGCCGUUUUUGUCCCCGGUGAAUUGGACGGGUUACCGAUGCGACGCAGUGUCGCAAACUGAUCCAGCGUCUCUGGGUGGGCGCGUUUUCAAAAGUGCUGAAGCCCAGACUUUGUCUACAGGUGAAAUCGUAAUAACAAAGGUGCAUUGUCCGCCGAAACCCGCCAGCAUGCCAACCACACCAAUGAGAAGCUUGACAAAUAUGUGAUGUCAUCAGUGAUCGUGUUUGAUUUGUUUGUUCACCUGCCAGGGUCUGCUCCGGUAUGCUUUCAAGACAAGGUGGCUUAAUGGAGCUAAACAGAGCUUCUAAGGUGCGAUUUUAAUCUGAGAACUCACGAGCCAUACGAUAGACAUUUUAUUUUUUUUUUCGUUUUGGAAACGUUUGUGCUCAGCAGUUUACAUUAUUCAGUGGAGAUAGAGGUCUAUUCAGGGAAGUGACGUUCAGCAAGAUGCUUCCUCCCAGUCGAGAUACCGAGAUUUGCGAUCAUCUCAUUUGGCAACUCCGUGAUCUUGAGUCUGACAGUAGAAUCUGAAUUCAGAGUCAUCUGGAUAUCAGUGAGCAAUGCAUUAUAUUGGUUAGUCUAUACAGUGCACCAAUAGUAUCUCAGAAAAGUCAAACUUUUGCAUCUUGCAAAAUUAUUUUAUAGGGAUAAUGUCACAGGAUAAUUCCAAUUACCUCCUCAUUAUCUAUAUCUAAGCAGAUUUAAUUUUAAUUACAGCCAAGAUACAUUUUCUACAUCUGCCUUAAUUAUGCCCUCCAAAUCUCUGAAAACAGAUAAUAAUGACUAAAUUGACAAGUACUCUUAGGUAUUCUCCUCUUUGGCAAACUUUACAUUUUGCAGCAUUUCAAUUCAAAAACAGAAUCUAUUGUAGCUACAUUUGCUCUUAAGAAUUUGAAGGAAGAAAAAGGAAGGUCUUCAGAAGAAAAGCCUGUAUGAGAACUCUUCAUUAUUCAUAGAUGUUGCACCUGCAGAAAUAUGCCAAAUGCAUUCUAUAGUGCGCAAAGAAAAAUUUGCAAAUUGUUUUUUUUUUCUGGAACAGGCUUUCUGAAAUUCUAACCUUAAAUUGAAAAUAAAAAGGUCUUCACAUUUUGACAAAAGGAGGUUUUGACCCAAACAGCAGAGUUGGGGAGGUUUGAAUUGCGUUCGACUAGAGGAAACUGGCCAAAGAUUAACUGGAAAUUGGAAUUUUGGAGAAAUGGUCCAAUUUCUUGUCCUUUUUAUUGAAGCAUGGUUAUGUUUCAACACAAAAUUUAUGCAGCAAGGUCUGCAGAAAAUGCAUGGAAGUGAUAACAACUCAAGUUUUGUCCACAAUACAGUACAUGAUUUCUUGUUCAUGUUUGAAAUAUACAAAGACAAUACAAGUAGGUCUUCUCUGUUGCCAAAUGACUGAUAGUGAAUCAGAGGACAUCAAAACUGAGGAAGCAUCUUGUGACAGAGUGGCAGAACUGAUUGAUUGAUUGAUUGUUGGGUGUGUUUGAAGAGGAACUUGCGAUGUUCAGGAUGCCAUGUGGAGGAUUACGGAAAGGAAGUUGACAAGAAAUUAUACUGACCCUGAAAUAUUA